ACGCAUCUCUUGCACUUGUCCGGAUGUGCAGCCGCCUCCAUCAUUUGUGUCUCUCGCUCUCCCUCCCUUUCUCGAUCCAUUUUCCGUUUAACGCCCCAUUCCGUUUUCUCUCACAUACUCACGCCCCUCAACCCUCUGUCGAACUCAGACGACUGUCCUGUCUUACAUGCUAGAAGAUGAAUAGGGAGAAACUUAUGAAGAUGGCUGGUGCUGUUCGCACUGGUGGGAAGGGCAGCAUGAGAAGAAAGAAGAAGGCUGUACACAAGACUACGACUAUGGAUGAUAAAAGGCUUCAGAGCACACUGAAGAGAAUAGGAGUGAAUGCUAUUCCUGCAAUUGAGGAAGUCAACAUAUUCAAGGAUGACAUAGUUAUCCAGUUUGUAAACCCCAAAGUUCAAGCAUCCAUUGCUGCCAAUACAUGGGUUGUUAGCGGCUCUCCACAGACUAAGAAAUUGCAAGACAUUCUCCCUCAAGUUCUCGGCCAUUUAGGUCCUGAUAAUUUGGACAACCUGAAGAAGUUGGCAGAGCAGAUCCAGAAGCAGGCACCGAGUGCUGGUGCUGUGGCAACUGCAGCACAUGAGGAGGAUGAUGAUGAGGUCCCAGAGCUUGUGGAAGGGCAGACAUUUGAAGCUGCUGCAGAGGACGGUAAUGCUGCUGCCGCUUAAGAAAGAGGAAUUUUUGUGCUAUUUUAUAUGCUUCCUAUGUUUUUGAAGUUGUAGCUUUUGUAGUUAUAACUUGAUCCUUUUAUCUUAUGUUUUUGCUGUUAAUCUUUAUGAAAAGAUCAAAUUACCCUUACUCAAAA